AUGAGAAACAAGGAAAAAAUCAAAAGAGGGAGCGAGGGGACCAAAGUAGAGACACCAUUGGCUUAUCCUAUCCUCCUUCCGGAUUACAUUAUCACCUCUAAACUAAUACCACCAUCCAUCCACAUGAAAAGCAAGCUUAAAAAUCUUCUUUUCUAUUUCUCCAACUCCCAAAAUCCCACGGUUCACGGCGGCCAAGAAAAGCAAAAGGAACCAGCAACCAUAGCAAAAUGGUAUUCUCUAGCAUUUGCAUUCUCUAAUUCAAUUCCCUCUCCCUUGCACCCACCAGCAUCACAGUCGCCGGGCCCCCUAUUUCACGGCAGCCGCCAUUCCCCCUCUCGCCGCCACCACAAACUUGACCUUAGUCUCCGGAACCCUAGACAGUGCAGCUAUCGUCGUCAUCGACGGUGGGUCCGUCGUCGCCUCGCCGCUGCGCUCUCCCUCGCCAACCCAGAGAGGCGCCGCCAGCUACAGGCGGAUGAGGUCGGCAGGGGGGACAAGGAGGUGGUUAGAGAGUACUUCAACAACGACGGGUUCCAGCGGUGGCGGAGGAUCUAUGAAGAAACCUAUGACGUGAACAAGGUGCAACGGGACAUCAGGUUGGGCCACUCGAAGACGGUGGAUAAUACAAGCGCCGGUCGAAGGCCUUGGGCGAGGUCUACGCACGAGCGAGUAACGCGGGUAGCAGCUAGACACGCGCGUUCGAUCGGUGCGCGAGGUUCUCGGGCGAUGGCGUGCUAUCAAGGCAGGGCGUCGCUGGGAUCUCGCGGGGCAUCGCUGGUGCUCGUGCCAGCGACUGGUUGCGUGCGGCUGGGCGUUAGCUAG